CUGAAUCUGCUUUCACCUGCUGUCUUGGCAUGUCGACAUGCAAAUGGGGAGAAGAAUAAAGUGAUACACAAGAGCUGGGUAAGGCUUUGCGGAACAUACCAAGCUAAAGGUGGUGUCUUAGUGACCAAGGAGGCUCGGGCGACACUGCAGGAGAUAGCAACAUUGUGCUUUGCAAUUCCUCCACCAUGCACUUAG